GAUGAUGUAUUUGGAACUUUAAAAAUUUUUUGUCUUCAUUGAGCAAUCUCAGUUCAUAGAUUUUUUUUUAAUUGUCGGCUGAUCAAGUCUGGUCUUUCGGAUCAAACCCAAAUUUGAACCAGUUAUAGGUGGUAGUAUGAAGAACAUCUGGUAAAAGAAUGAAACUUGUUCCGCAAUCCGUUCAAGAGUUAUGAAUUUUUUAAUUUCGUUUUUUUCCCUAUGCCUUUAGUACGCGCGCACCCUUUGCUAUGUGAUUUAUAUAUUUGCCUUUCUAGUGUGAUGCUGAAGGUUGCUCUUGGUCAUUCUUCCAGAAUACAAGUUGAAACGUCACAAAGAAUGUCAUCAAGGGAAAAAAGACUUUGCUUGUACUGUUUGCCGAAGGAAGUUGACUACGACAACUUAAAUUCACACAAAAAGCUUCACGAUCGACCAAAUAUAUACUCUUGUUCAAUUGAGCAGUGCAGUUCAGAAUUUCAAACUCAGAGAGAGUUAGAUAACCAUUUAAAGGAGCAACAUCGAGAAGUUGAAGCACUGUAUGCUUGUCAUCACUGUAAUUGCGGAAAACGAUUCCAUUCUUUAAACGCCCUGACCACUCACCUUCGUAGUCAUACGCGUGUGGGUCCAUUAAUGUGCCAGUGGGAAGGUUGUUCCCGAUGUUUUGACAGGCCAUCUCAUCUGGAAUCACAUAUUAGAACCCAUACGGGAGAUCGUCCUUUUGUAUGUCAUUUUGAGGGCUGUGGAUGGGCUUUCCGAACGCCAAGCAAGCUUAGCCGACAUCAGCGGACUCAUAAGAAUGAACGACCAUUCAAAUGCCCACACCAUGAACGUCAUAAAGCUUACUUGAGAUCAGAACAUCUGAAGCAGCAUCUUCUUAGUCAACACCGCGGAAUGAAAAUGUUUCGUUGUCCUGUUGAAAAUUGUGGUGCGGAAUUUACAGCGAGGAGUACCUUAUAUGUCCAUGCCAAAAGACAUAAUGUUGAUACUGCCAAUCUUACCUUCCCUUGCGAGCACCCCGGUUGCAAUAAACAGUAUUCCGGCAAAUCCAAUCUGAGGAAACACAUGGUUCGAUGCUGCGGUAACCGUUCUACUCCAUGCACCGCUACCGUUUCUCCAACGGAACCUCCGGAACUGAUUAAAGUAAUUGAUCAGCCGAUUCAAAAUGACUACAUUGCAUUGCUAUUGGGAGACGACGAGGAACAGAUGUCUGCAGACCGCUCGGUCGUCACUUUCCUCGCUUUUCCGACAGACAGUUUACAGUAUGCUGGACCGGGAUCAAAUGGAGAUUCAAAUGUCUGCGUCUUACUACGAUUAUUUACCUACCUAGUACCUACAUGA